GGCAGUUCAGCGAAGUCCUUCAGCAUUUACCUGAGGUCAUUACUGGCUUACAAUCAUUUGCUUUCCGUCAUUCUUCUACAUAAACCCCUACACUGCCCCUCCAUUGCUCAAAAGAGCACAAGAUGUCUGGCAAGCCGCCUGGCAAACCUUCCCUUAAGCUGACCUUUGGCAAGCCAAAAGUGCCACAAGCUCCGAAGCAAUCCAGUCCUCCUUCCGCAAGCUCCCCCUCGGUUACAACCCCAGGCACCCCGGUCCCAAAGCUUAAGCUCAAAUUUGGCGGUCCCAAAGCCACCGCUCCACCCGUGCCAGAAGCGACCAAGGCCGCAAAACCAAAGAAGAGCACCAAGGCAGGGUCGUCCAAAGAUGGCCCUCGCUCAUCGAAAAAGCGCACGCAUGAUGUGGUUGAAAAGGGACCGGUUGCUUCGGCGUCAGCUCCCGCGCCAGCUCAGACAGUAAAACGUAUCAAGUUCAGCGCCAAACCCCUCCCAUCCAUCCGCCUCAAGAGCAGAGGCGAGCCGCCGCGGAGACCAAAAGGUGUAGGAUACGACUCCGAAGCUUCAGAUACGGAAAUUGAUCCGGCCUUGGAAGAAGAGUUCGUUCUGCGCAUGCCACCAGGAGAAGAUUGUGACUACGUACGACAGGCUGUUGAAGAGAAACGUUUUGGCCCACGGAGUCAGGGUGGAGCGGAUAUUAGCUUUAAAGCUUUAACUCGAGAUGCACGAAGAGCUACUGUCACUGUUCGUGGGAGGAUGUAUGCGGCGUCGAUGGUAGAUCUUCCCUGCAUCGUGGAAGGGAUGAAGAGUUGGGAUAAGCGUGCAUUCUAUAAGUCAGCUGAUAUAUGUCAAAUGCUGCUUGUCCUCGGUCCAAUUAAAUCCGAAGAUGAAGCAAGAACCUACCCAUUGCCGAAAGACGUCGAGGAAUCCACGCAUCAGUACGCACACGGCCUAACUCCGCCAAUGCGAUGGGUACGCAAGAGGCGCUUUCGGAAGCGGAUUAGUAAUCGCACCAUUGAAGCUGUGGAGCUAGAAGUUGCGAGACUAUUAAAAGAUGACGCUGCAGCUAUCAAACCACCAGAGUUUGAAGUCAUGGACUACAACCAAUACAUGCGUGAAGAGUCCGCCUAUAAGGAAGAAUAUGACGAUGAACAAGAUGCUGAAGGCGAGGUCGACGAAACGGCUUACAUGCAACCUGGAACGCAGGAAGAUAUGGCUGACCUGUUUGAAGACGAUCUCGCUGCAGAAAUGGAAGCUGCAUUGGCAGCACAUGCGGAAGCCAAUUCUGUCCCUACAUCUGCCAUCACCGAUGAACAUGUUGUUGGAGGUGUUCCGGAGGCAGAGCAGGAGACCGAAGCUGAAAUUAGUACUCCCAAAGUUGCUACAGCCGGUGAAACCUCUGGUGAUGAAGAUGAAAGUGAUGAGUCAUCUCCUGAAGAUGCGAAUGCAGACUUGGACGAAGAUGCUUUGGAACAGCAGCGUCAAUUACAGCAACAGAGAGAAGAGAUCGCAGAGCUUGAGGCAUUGGUGCGUGCGGAGACUUUGAAAUGGGAGCAGAUGACGAACCCCAUAUUAAAAGGAAAGGUUGGCAAGAGAGUGCAGAGGUUGAAGCAGGAACUUGAGCUCAAGAAGGUUUCCAUUGGAGAAGGGAACACUGAUGACUGA